AUGCCUUCCGCCCGCCGGUCGGGCCGCCUCACGGGCCCAAGGGCGGUUUAUACCAAUGAUCCAUUUGAAUCGGCAGGGAUAAGUGAAGAUUCGGGCUCUGAAGAAGUGCAGAAAUCUGCAACCAAGAAGGGAAAGCGGCGACGUGACGAAGAUUCCGCAUCCGAUGACGAAUUCGUUGCCGGAGGAGCGAACGACGCGGAGGAGGAUGAGGAUGAAGAAGAAGAGGAAGAGGAAGAGGUCGAGGAAGGAAAGGAGGACCAUGAUGAUGUUGAUGAAAUGGACAUCGACGAACCGAGGGCUACUCCAAGAACUCCCAAAACCCCAGGCAGAAGAAAAGCGAAUUCGCGACCAAAGACGGUGCAGAACCAGCAAAACCUCCGCGAUGACGGUGGAGCUGCCAAUCGGAACACGAAGGUGUCUGCAGAUGAGACCCGUUCCCGGGGUGUUGUUGACCCCAAGGAAAAUGUGUCGAAACCAAUGCAUUAUAUCACGACCUUUGGUGAUGAUGACCGAGACCUGCUUGCCGCCAUAUAUACGCGAGAUCGGUGGGCCCGAGGCGUGGACACUUGCCUGCCCACCCGUAACGCCCUAGACGUUCAAACAAAAGCGCAUGACUAUGAGUACGGGCCAACUUGGGGCGCCUCUCCGGAGGAUAUGGAGAGAGAAAGAACCUCCGGUUGGGAUUGGUAUUACGACAAAGACACCGGGAAGAGAUUCCAGAACUUACAAAAAACUGGACCGAAGCUCAAGGAAGCAGAUGCACGUCGGAAGUAUCUGCCGAGGUCGAAUAAGGGAAAACAUACCAUUCUCAUGGGCCCAGUCAACAAUCAGCAAGUCUUUCAUUUAGGCCAGCACGAGUCUUUCAAUUUUGGGGAGGCCUGGGGAGAAACAAAGGCCCAGAAGAGCGACCAAAACAGUGCGAACGUUCGCGAAGGCUGGAUGAUCAGUUUUGAACAGAGAAUCCAAUGCCUCGCAUGGGCUCCCAAUCAGAAUGGUCGUUCGCAAUACCUGGCUGUGGUUACUUUCAUCACUACCGACCAAAAAAAGAAAUACAACCUUCCGGGGACUAAUCCCCCCUCGUCAUUUUGUCCAUUACCUUCGUACCCAUGUGCUUUGCAACUGUGGGAAUUUACGGCUAAACCGGCAGGCGGUGUUACUCAUACACUUGACAUGGAUGUCAAGCCACACCUUCGGCUGGCGUUGUGCACAGAUUGGGGAGAUGUGCGCCGGAUAGCCUGGUGCCCAAUGGCCCGGGAAAGGCGAGAGGAGGACGACAAGAAUGGCAUGGCAAGCAUCGGCUUACUUGCUGGAAUCUGGGGAGAUGGAAAAAUGAGGGUAUUGGACGUCAAGUUGGCCCCAGGCAAGAAAACAGAGUUUGUCAAAAUCGAAAUGCCUGUCUUCGAGGCCAAGUCGCCCUCAAAUGUCUGUUCAUGCCUGACAUGGCUCUCUCCUACCGACAUUGCAGUGGGUUGCUCGGAUGGGUUUGUCGCUAUUUGGAGUAUCUUGCCUACCUCGGAUCCUGCGCCAAUACCUUACUUCUACAAACCCAUCCAUGCGUCCUAUAUCUUAAGCAUUACCUCGGCGUACCCUACCAACCCGCAUAUUAUUUCUACUGUGGGCAUGGAUGGUGAAACGAAGCUCUGGUCUAUAAUUGAUCCCGCCAGCGAAUACACGACUCCAGUUCGCCAGCGCCAGGCUGCUGCCCAUAUCAGCUACUCUCCCAUCCUUCAGUCAAUGUUCUCCUACGAUGAAAAUGAUUUCGGCCGCUUGAUGCCAAUCCGCCGAUUCUUUGCUACCACCUCCGCAGGGAGGAUGCCCAGCUCGGUGAUCAGUCUGGCACCAUGUAGCUUCUUACACCCUUGCCUCCUAUACGGCACGGCUAGUGGUGAAGCAGUGGCUGCUAAUCCGUUUCGUCGGCUUCUCUAUAACAAGGAACAACAUUGGCAACAAACCUGGUUCUCCCACGACUGGGCCUCGGGUACUCACAAAGAUAGCUCGGGUGCAAGCCGGUUCUACGAUGGGUACCGGGCGGAAACCCAGAGCCUGGCUCGGAGCCUGGCGGGUGACAAACGUCCUCAGCUAGGGUCCUCUCUCACCACCAUCUAUGAUGAAAGAACCCACGUCAGCGCAUUGGGGUGGAGCCCCAACCGCUUGACUGCAGGCUGGGCUUGCGCUGGAUUGGGCUGUGGCCUGUUACGCGUCGAGGAUCUUGCCAUUUAA